AUGGUUGAUGGUGGUGGUAAGAAGACAGGCGGAGGUGUCCGGGGUCCAGGGGGUGAUCGGCGCCAGCAUCGGUACUUGAGCCACGGCUGCUGGGUUCUUCGCGCUCUUCGUCCCUCUCUGCAUGCGUCGUCGCACUCUAUGCCCUCUCCAUCGGCCCCGUCCUCCGAGUCUCUCCCAGCUCCCGCGCAGUCUGACAACAUCAUGUUCGACAUGCUACAGCAGUUGGGCAAAGGCAACAAUGCGACCGUCUAUCUCAUCCGCCUGAAUCAUGAGAGUGGCUUCUACGCACUCAAAAAAAUCGCGCGUAACAACAAGUCGGCCGCGCAGAUGCAGAUCCUGCGCGCCAAUAACCCGAAUCGCAUCAACCUCCCGCGCACCUCACGGCCCAACAACCUCGUCGACCGAAUGGGGACGGAAGAGAAGAAGAUUCGACGGGAAAUAGCCAUCAUGAAAAAAUGCGACCACCCUAACAUCAUCAAGCUGCGCACCUUCAUCGACGACAAGAUGUCGGCGAACAUAUGUCUCAUCAUGGAGUUCAUGGAGGGUGGAGAGCUGCAGUGGAAGCAUGGCGAGAGCGAGCCGUAUCUGACCAUGGAGCAGGCACGGCGAGUGACGAGGGAUGUGGUGCUGGGGCUCGAGUAUUUGCACGCGCAGGGCAUCAUCCACCGCGACAUAAAGCCUGGGAACAUCAUGUGGACCAAGGACCGUACGCAUGUCAAGAUCGGCGACUUUGGAAUCGCACAUCUUACCGUGGCCGAUCCGGACGUCGAAGGGGAGGAGAAGAUCAAGCACGACGGGACCCCUUCUUUCAUGGCACCCGAGAUCGCGCCCGGCGGCGACGGCCCCGCAGGCGAAACCACCACCGCCGUCGACUUCUGGGGCCUUGGCGUCACACUCUACUGCAUGCUUUUCGGGCGUGUUCCUUUCAUUCCACGAGCAGAAAGCCAAUCCCAGAUUGCGAAUGAAGCGCUAUUGUAUCGUGUCAUCCGUGAGGAACCAUGGCAGCCUCUGAGUGCGAUGAGCUCGCAGCGCAUACCCGUUCAGUCCGUUCACUGGCAGUCCAACGGUGUUCUCCACCUUCUGAAUCAGAUGCUGGAAAAGGACCCCCUGAAACGAUUCAAGACGGACAAUGUGCAGGACUCUUGGUUGUUGGAAGGCGUUCAACGUCGGGAGGAGUGGCUUGCUGGGACGACACCCGCGAUCAAGAUAUCCUCUGCUGACGUCGACAACGCGAUCCACGAAGCCCGUUUCAAGUGGAGCCUGCGGAAGGUUGGGCAGAAAAUUGGCUUGCGCGGCCGGCUCGGGAACCUUUUCGGGCCAGCGAAGGAAAGCGGACCCAGUCGUCAUGCACGGUCUGCACCGGCGAUGGAGGCUCUCGCCCCAAAGACGAAAAAGAAAGACAAGGGAAAAGGAAAGGAGACUGGCAGGAGACCUUCUGUCGACGUGCCGCGCAAUGCCGAAUACCCUGCCCUCUCGACCUCCGCGCCGAAAAGUUCCUGGACCGACCGUCGAGAGUCCGCGACCACGUCCCGCUUUGACGCUCUCUCAAAACGAAGCACGAUGACGGGAAGCGGGAUGGCCGAUGCGAUUGCUGCGGAGAAGCACCGCCAGGAGCUUGAGGACGACUGGGACUCGCUGUUCGAGCCCGACCCCGGGGUGAUGCAAGCGGGGAUGAUCGCCGUCCCCCGGACGGGGCCGCAGCGGGACGUCGACGACGACAGCGACAGCUAUGGCGAACAGGCGGCUUACGGGCAGGGCGAUGUGUACGACGAGACGGAUAGUGACGACGACUCCCCGAUAACCAUUCGAACGAGUCGAUCCGGGCGGAGGCCAACGGACUGAUGUAACUAGCGCUCACUGUGUACUUCUAUCAUCUAUACCCAUGUCUGCCUAGAAAAUUUGACCUAGACUGUAAUACAUCUCGUGUUGUGUCCAACUAGCUAGCGGUCUAUGUACUCUCAAUGAACCGAAUAAAGGUAGUAAAAGGGCGUCACCAAAAUUUCAUGCGGCAGUGAGUAAUUUGCAUGCCCAGUCGCGUAUUGCGAAUGCGUUGCAACAGAAAGUGAGGCUUCUGACAAGCAGCAGCGAAAUGAGCUGUAUAGUGCAGGGAAAGGGGAACGCGACUUAUUGGCAAAAGGAUGGCCAUCGUGGGGAUCGAACCCAAGACCUUCGCGUUAUUAGCACGACGCUCUAACCAGCUGAGCUAGA